AUGCUGGAACAGAGGCAAACCCGGGGAUGUGUUCAUAUCGAGUUUGGUAGCAAAAAGCUGGACGAGUGUCAACAGUGGUGGGACACGCAAGAAAGGAAGUUGUACGCCGUGAGGGUCUUCGUGGAGGGAUGGCAGGACUACUUCUGUGCUGCGUCGUUCGUCAUCCGGACUGACCAUCAGAACGUGUUGUACUUGGCCAAUUCUAUUGAAGGAAAGCUACCAAGGUGGUCGUUGUUCAUCCAGCAGUUCGACUUUAAGAUAGAGUACUUGAAGGUACCGAGAAUGUGGUGGCAGGCUGGUUGUCCAGGGUUAAGCUACGGGAAGACGUUGGGAAGGAUAUGUUGGUAG